AUGGUUGGGGCUCUGCUCUUUGCCGUUUGUUCCCUUGCUCUGCUUGAAUCCGGGGGUAAGUCCUAAUAAUAAUAAUAAUAAUAAUAAUAAUAAUAAUAAUUUAUUAUUUAUACCCCGCCCAUCUGGCUGGGCCUCCCCAGCCACUCUGGGCAGCUUCCAAAAAAUAUUAAAAUACUGUAAUACAUCAAACAUUAAAAGCUUCCCUAAACAGGGCUGCCUUCAGAUGUCUUCUAAAAGUCUGGUAGUUGUUCUCUUUGACAUCUGGUGGGAGGGCGUUCCACAGGGAGGGCGCCACUACUGAGAACGCCCUCUGCCUGGUUCCCUGUAACCUGGCUUCUCGCAGUGAGGGAACCGCCAGAAGGCCCUCAGUGCUGGACCUCAGUGUCCGGGUAGAACGAUGGGGGUGGAGACGCUCCCUCAUAUAUACUGGACCGAGGCCAUUUAGGGCUUUAAAGGUCAGAACCAACACUUUGAAUUGUGCUCGGAAACGUACUGGGAGCCAAUGUAGGUCUUUCAAGACUGGUGUUACAUGGUCUCGGCGGCCGCUCCCAGUCACCAAUCUGGCUGUCGCAUUCUGGAUUAGUUGUAGUUUCCGGGUCACCUUCAAAGGUAGCUCCACGUAGAGCGCAUUGCAGUAGUCCAACUGGGUGUUACACAAGGCAGCAGACCUUACAGCAAAAGCAAGGAGGACUCACUCUGCUUUCUUUCCCAGAGAGUAUCAAAUGCAACACUUGUCUCAUGAAGAGUCCCGAUGCCGAGUGCAUGACUGGGGUCGAAGGUUGCAUGUCUCAGGGAGAAAAAUGCAUGACCAUCCGCAUCAGCCAAGGUAAGGGACCCUGGUCUGGUUGCCGCAUCCUUCAGAACCGGUUGAAUUGAGCAAGGAGAACCUGCAGCCCUCCAGGUGCUGCUAGACUACAACUCCCACCAUCCAUGACCAUUGGCUGGGGCUGAUGGGAGUUGGAGUCCAACGACAUCAGGAAGGCCACAGAUUCCCUGCCCCGGGUCUGGAGUCUCUCAAACUGUAUGGCCCACUCAGGGCUUGCAAGCUCUUUUUAGGGAGACCUUUGACUUGUGGAACAGUCAGGAAGAUCUCUGCUGCCAGACGAUGGAAAUUGCGGCCAUGUGAACCAGGGCAGAACUUAUUGAGCAGGUUAACUAACACGGGUCUGAAGCCUGUGUUUUCUGUACGUCACUGGUGCAAUCUACCAAUUUCCCCUAAGACCUUUUCUAGUCCUCCUCAGCAUCCUGGCCCAGGGCACUUGGUUUUCAUAAUAUGGAACUGGUUUUAGCAGUGAUGCUGUUGCUGUGUGUGUGUGUGUGUGUGUGUGUGUGUGUGUGUGUAGUUUCUUAAAUCGCCCACGCACACAAAAAGAGACAGAGGCUGUGUCCACACUCCCAUCUACUGCCAUUCCAAAGCAGUUGUCUUUUUAAAUGUGUUCACAUGUCACAAUCCAAUAUGCAUAGGUAUCCUGUGCUUUGCUGUAAAAGAUACUGCUGUCUGCCACGCUGUUUCUUAAACCAGCUUCAAACUGAUUGGAAUUCUUACGGCGCUCCUAAUUCCUCUCCAGACCCAGUGCAAACACCUUUUGCAUAGGGUAAAGGCAUCCCUGCCUGUCAACACCCCCUGGUACAUAGAAAUCAGAAGAAUUUUUCAUUAAGUUAGCCCAGUGUGGUCUGCUCUUCAUCCAGCGUCCCACUGCUGCUGGCUUAGAAAGUGAUGAACACAAAGCCACAAACCACAUUUCUUUUAUCUAUCCUGCUGUUUCUUGGGAAACAUUUUGAUGUGCGCCCCCCCCCCAAAAAAAACCCAGCUUCGAUCUGAAUCAAGACAACGAAGGAGCAUAAAAAGUACACCCUAGCUGCAUUUUAAGCCUGCAAUGUAUACACAGCAUAGCACAGUGGUUAGAGCAUCGGACUAGGCCAUCGGACUAUCCCCACAGAGCAUAGGAGCCAACUCCUAGGAGCCAAGGUCCCUUCCCCCAAAAAAUAUUUUUUUGGGGGGGGGCUGGGGCCCCCAGAGUUGAUGGACAUUGCAAUUCAAAUCGUGUACAUGCAGCGUGUCAUGCGAUCGAUUAUGCAGGGCAGAGCUUACCUGCCCCCCCAUGCCAGGUUUAUGUAUAAGCCAAACAACCUAUAGCUUAGGGGCCCCACUCUCUUGGGGGCCUCCCAAAAAAUUAAAGGGAAAAAAACCCUGGAUGUACAUUUCCAAAACAUAAGAUAAAAAACAAAUAAAAUAAAACCUUACAUACAGCAACAGUGUCAAAUGGCUUUAGAUACCUAUUAUUCAACGCAAAAAACAGCGACAAUUUGUUGUUGACAAAGGACAGCUGGACAUAUAAAGGGCCCCAUUACCUUCAGUAGCUUAGGGCGGCCUCAUCAUACCUAAAUCCGGCCUCCCCCUCAAAUAUUUUAUUUGAGUUGGCAUUACUGCCACUGCUUCUUAGCCUAGCCUACCUCACAGGUUCUAGAUUCAGGUAGGUAGCCAUGUUGGUCUGACGCAGUCGAAGUAUAAAAAUAAAAUUAAAAAAAUGUCCAGUAGCACCUUAAGAGACCAACUAAGUUUGUUCUUGGUAUAAGCUUUCGUGUGCAUAGGUAUCUAUGUUUAGGGAAGUUUUUAAUAUUUAAUGCUGUAUUGUUUUUAACACUUGAUUGGAAGCCGCCCAGAGAGGCUGGGGAAAUUCAGCCAGAGGGGCGGGGUAUAAAUAAUAAAUUGUUGUUGUUGUUAUCAUCUGAAGAAGUGCGCAAAGUGUGCAUGCGCAUGAAAGCUUAUACCAAGAAUAAACUUAGUUGGUCUCUAAGGUGCAACUGGACAUUUUGUAUUUUUAUUUUAAAUAUUCCUACCCCACAGGGUUGUUGUAGGGAUCAAUGGAGGAGGAGAGGAAGAACCAUGUGCGCAGCCUUGAGCUCCCUGCAGGAAAGCUGGGACAGAAAAGUGAGGAGAAAUUAAACGAAUGAAUGCAGGCAUGGGAUAGCAGAGGGGUGGGAGCACCGUAAGAGGCUGGGGUGAGUCAGGAGGAAGUUUACAAGCCCAGAGCUGGUUCUGGCUGCUGCAGUGAGAGGCUGGAGAGGCCGCGGAUGCCAAACUUUCCCUACUUUCCCUUCUUCUCCCCCCCCACCCACAGACGGAAAGGAGAAAUUCAGGAUCCUGGGCUGCAGCAGACAGAAGAAAAAAGGCUGCGGGGUAAACAAGGAGUCGCACGGCCACCAGGUCCGCAUCCGAUGCUGCUCUUCGGACUACUGCAACGUCUAG